UUUUUAGUAGGCUACAGUGCAACACCACCAAGCUCUGCAUGACCACUGUUCCUCUGCGGCUUCCGUAGAUUUCAUUGAAAACAAAAUGGCUGACCCUGUUGACAACGCUUUAAUUGAAAGUGAUUUGCCUGCAGCUGUACAGCUGCUGAGGAAUCUCACAGAACAGGUGGCCUCAGUUACAAGUCAUGUCCGUGACCUGAUAACAAAAGUCAAAGAUGGGGCAUUUAAGACAUCAAAGGGUUUGUCAUUCUUGGACCUUCGGUAUCACCUGCUGCUCUUUUACCUUCAAGAUCUCACUCACCUGAUCAGCAUCAAAACAGGAGGAGGCAAAAUCAAAGACAGCGAAGCCUUGAAUAGACUGGUCACAGUCAGAACGGUCCUGGAGAAGAUGCGACCGAUAGACCACAAACUGAAGUACCAGAUUGAUAAACUGGUGCGCACAGCUGUCACCGGCAGUUUAGCUGAGAACGACCCGCUGCAGCUGCGUCCUAAUCCUGAAAAUCUCAUCAGCAAAUUGAGUGAAUCUGAGGAGUCUGAGGGUGAAGCUGAGAAUAAGACGGAGAAGAAAGCAGCCCACUCUAGUGGCAGGAAAUAUGUACCGCCAAAGAUUGCCCCAGUUCAUUAUGACGGUGACAUGACAGAAGCGGACAAGAAGAAGGCUCAGUCGGAGCGCCAGCGGCGAGCUGCCCUCAGAAGCUCUGUGAUCCAGGAGCUGAGACAGCAGUACAGCGACGCUCCGGAGGAGAUCCGGGACAGACGGGACUUCCAGAGCGAUCGGGAGAGCCGCGAGGAGCUACACAGGAAAAAUUACGAAGAGUCCAUGAUGGUGCGUCUCAACAUGCCGCAACGGCAGAAGAAUGCCAGAAAGAGAGGCGCGAUGUCCAUGACCGGCCAGCUGAGCGGCAUCACACACUUCAGUGACAUCACAGCACUGACAGGCGGCGAGGGGGGCCAGGAUGGGGAUAAUUCUCGCCCCAAGAAAAAGAAGAAACUCAUGAAGAAGAAAACGAAAAGAAGAGCCUUUAAGAAGCACAGAUAAGAAGACCCGAAACAGUGUCCAAUGACGAUAGAAGACCAAAUGACAUGAAGAGGAUACUUCAGAGUUUAGCUGAUUUUGUUACCAAUAAGUCAGUUGUGCUGCAGUACAAAAUUCCCCACCACCUCUGCAUAGUGUAUCAGUUUGUGGAAUAAACAUUUACUGUUCACCGCUGUA